AUGGCGAUUAAAGUGGUAGUUCAUGUGCUGACGACGUAUAUAGCCGUAGUUAGCGUGUUCUGCUUCUGGGAUAAGGAGUACUUUUGGGGGAUCUUCUUCGCUAUAGGCGCUGUGCUGCAAUUCGUAUACGCCAUUGCGGUGGUGGAUAGAAUUGCGUACACCAUGUUGGUUGUGCGUAGAGCUCUGGGAUUCGCCAGGGGUUUCCCGCUGCUGAUCCUCUUCGCCCACGUGGCAGCGCUGCUUCUUGCCACGUGGAUGGGCGUGUGGACGUUCGGAGUGUCAGGGAUCAUGGCGCAGGACCAAGCGAAGCUGGAACGGUGGUGGAUAUUACUGCUCUUCGCGAUGAGCAUAUUCUGGACGGCGGCGGUUUUCUGCAACAUGGUGCACGUGGUGACAGCUGGCGUGAUGUCAGCGUGGUUCGCCGCCAGCUCAGCAGAGCAGAACGCCAGCUCAGCAGCAGCGGGCGAGGCGGCUUCCGCAGCGGAGGAGGGACGGGGAGGUGCGGCGGUGCCACCUCAGCAGUUCCAGUUGGCGCCAGGGCGUGUCACUCUGGAGGCCACGUGGCAUGCUCUGAUUGGCCUUGGGAGCAUUUGCUACGGAUCGCUUUUCAGCCCUCCGAUUCGAGUGAUGCGAUGGAUGAUCCGGGGCGUGCGAGCGUGGUGCAUAGCCAACGAGUGCUUCUUCUUUAUCAUUAACCUCGCAUUCAACUUCAUCGAGGCUCUCACGCGGGCCUUCAAUGCUUUCGGCUUUGUCACGGAGUUUCAAUCGCUCCUCAGUCGAUGCAUGGGAGCUGUUCCAAUCCACAGGCGUGGAGGCAUUCAUAGCAUACAACCUAUCAGGAGCCGUGCUGCUCAUCGCCGUGAUGCUGCUGCUGCUGCUGCUGCUGCUGCUGCUGCUGCUGCUGCUGCUGCUGCUGCUGCUGCUGCUGCUGCUGCUGCUGCUGCUGCUGCUGCUGCUGCUGCUGCUGCUGCUGCUGCUGCUGCUGCUGCUGCUGCUGCUGCUGCUGCUGCUGCUGCUGCUGCUGCUGCUGCUGCUGCUGCUGCUGCUGCUGCUGCUGCUGCUGCUGCUGCCGCUGCCCCUGCUGCUUUUGCUGCUGUUAACGCCACAUUCUCUUCCCCCCCCCCCUGCACCCCCUUCCUGCCCGCCCUCCAUUCCCUCCGCCCCUCAGCUGGCAAUGUAUGGGAGGAGUUUCAACCGGUCAUCCGUCGAUGCAUGGGAGCUGUUUCAGUCGACAGGCGUGGAGGCAGUGAUAGCAUACGACCUCUCAGGAGCAGUGCUGCUGAUGGCUGUGAUGCUGGCGGCGAUGGUGGCAGGGACGGCAGCGGGCGUGUGGGGAUGGUUCGUGGCUCAAGAGCUGGUGGUGGUGAUUGGAGCGAUGGGGAUCGUCACAGGAGCAGCAAUGGUGGGUGCUGGUUUACUUGGAGGUGGAGUGUGGUGGUGAGUGGUUCUAUCUGUGUGGGUGUAACUCUGGGCGUGUGGGGAUGGUUCGUGGCUCAAGAGCUGGUGGUGGUGGUUGGAGCGAUGGGGAUCGUCACAGGAGCAGCAAUGGCGGGUGUGGUGCUAUCGGUGGUGGAGGGGGCAGCGGGUGGGGUGUUGUCAGUGGUGGAGGGAGCAGUCACAGCGACCUACGUCACAGUAGCAGAGGACCCCACUCUGAUUGGCUGCGCGGGUGUGGUGCUAUCGGUGGUGGAGGGAGCAGUCACAGCGACCUACGUCACAGCAGCAGAGGACCCCACUCUGAUUGGCUGCGUCGACGCCGAGUUUGCCGCCCAGUUACUCGACACGCUACACCAGCGGUUACAGCACCGCAGCGGCAAGCCGCUGCCGCCCAGCCUGGCUUCAGAUGGUCUUGUUGGGGGGGUGCCGGCAACAUGA